AUGGACAGACGGCCAGAGAUAGACACUUCGAGGUCGAGGUACUCUCUCCCUCCAUCAAGCAACAUCAGCCCCUUUCGAAGCAGAUCGCCAUCUCUAAGUCCCUCGCCACCGUUCAAUACCCAGAACCGUCGACUACAGCUCCGCAACGCUAGGUUCCGGGGAGCGUUGCUUGCUUCUGCGUCUGCUUCCGCACCUGCGUCGUCCCCGAGACAACUGAGUCCUCCGCAGUCUCAGAUCGAGACAUGGAGGAGUGCAUUGGGUGGUAUUGACGACGAAGGCGAAGACAAAGAGAACGAGUUCGAUUACGUUGGGUCGACGAGGGGGACAGGAUAUGAAGGAUUGCAUACCAUUGCCAACACAUCAACGUCUCAUACUCGGCGGUCGAGUAUAUUGAGGGAGUUGGGGAACUCUACACAACGGCGGAGAGGACAUACCCCUCGUGUAUCGGUGUCAUCUAUAUUCCAAACUCAGCCAGACUCUCCUCCAUGGUCUGCAUCGUUUGGCCGCCCAAAAGCUACUAUAGGAGAACCGGAACUGGAACCGGAGCCAGAACCAGAUCUUGACUGGGAGGAGAAGAUGCAGUCUACUCGAAAGACGUCAGUGUCGUCACACAACAGUAGCACAUUUACCAGUCUAGAUCGUAUAAAGCGGCCAAAGGGGCGGAACCGAGAUGGCCGUCGUGACACGUCUCAGUACAUUGAACACCUUGAAAAUCAGCUUGCAGCAACCCUCCAAGAUGCGGAGCUUGCUGACGCAAAUGCACACGCUGCUCGAUACAAAGCACUGAAUGCCGAAUACCGAAUAUUAAAACAACAAGUGACUGAAUGGGAAGAAAGGUUUGAAGCUCGCGUGCAGGACGAGGAAACAGUGAUGGCGGAGAGAGAGGCACAGCUAAAAGGGCGGAUACGGUCGUUGGAGCGUGAGGUCGAAACGAAGGAUAACAAGAUCCGAGAACUCGAAUGGGAGAUUGAGAAGGACUCGCAGACUCUACGGACUCUAGAGGCUGUGAAUGCUACGAAUCGCAGCCUGGAGCGGAGAGUCGAUGUUUUGACGGAGCUGCUCGCUCAAUCGCCUCGGGUAGAACUGCCACCGCCUCCUACUACUACAGUAGUAGAUGGUUCUUCAGUGAGCAAUGGAGAAGCCAUGUGCCGUACACCUCGGCCCAAGUCGAUGUUUACAAAAAUACCGCUAUCGCCUGUCAGACAGCCUCUUUUCCAACCCACUGCUGAACCGGAUGCUUCUUUCGUGGAUCCAUGCAAGCGGAGCGGAAAUGAGGAAGACACUCGCUCCUUCGAGUUGGCAUCCGUUGACUCAGGGUUUGACUCAUGUUCUGGCCCGUCGCAUUCGCAACGCACCUCCCUCCUCUCCAACCAAUCCCAACCCCUAUACAGUGCAGGAUCAGGAGCGGGAGCUGGAACUGGAUCAGUCACGUCUUUCCCCUUAUCACCCGAACUUCAACUACAAGGAAAGCUGCGGUAUAGAAACAGAAAAAUGCGCCGCUUCCCAUCUGGUUGCUGCACCUUGAAACCCCUCGUCUUACCUACCGCAUCUGCUGCAUUGUCACCGUAUGCACCGCCAGUCACUUCCUCGUCACCCAACUCAAUACAGCAGCAGCGAUUGGCGCGAUAUUUCUCGACGCUACGGUAUUCCAGGGCUGGAUCGGGGUAUGAUGAUUCAUUAUAUGACGAUGAGAUGGACGGGGAUGAUGUCGAUGUUGAUGCGGCGAGAAUAGACGCAUUAGAUUCUUUGGAAGGGAAUGCAGCGCAUUACCAGUCCUUUGAAGAGGCAAUGGCUGGUCACGACUUGUCGAUGGACGAUAUGGAUGAUCUGGCCGAGAGUUCAUUUGCGGCCAAAAGUCUCUCGCCGAGCAGUGAUACGAUAAGCUAUGAAGGAGGAACUGUUAGGCGCCGUCGUAACCGCAGCCGCAAAUUAUCAAUUUUACGCAAUGACAUUGGCCCGGUUAAGCGCAUAACAUCAGCGAGACCAAACCCUCCCUCAUGGCUCGAAAAGUUACACGUCUACAUCCCACAGCUACUGGCUAACGCACGAACACUCACUCACCGUAUCCUGACUAAUGCCUGGCACUCCAACUGGCGCCGACUCGGUAGUUUAUCAUGGUGGUUCCUCGGAUUACUGUUGGGUACGCACACGCGUAAUCAAUGGUUUAAACGCUCCACAUUGCGAAAUGCCAGAUGCCGUGGCUAUAUCGGAGAAGAAGAGAUGGAAGAGAUAUCAACACCAGUCAGCGUCAACCACCGACCAGACAACACGAUGCAACUUCUAUCAGGCUGUACUCCCACGAUGCAAGAAUGGCUCAAAUUCUCCGUCACGUUAGUAUUGGCUAUCGGGCUCGCUGUGCGUGACGGGCCCGGUACAUUGAUGUGUCCAUGCCCAUUGCCAGAAGCAGAUACUACCUCGAACGUAGACAUGAUGGCAGAACCAGAAGAUUAUCCACCAUCAGGGAAGUACGGAUCGAUCCGUACCAGUCUAUCGGUCCUGAGUCCAAGUCUACUUCCCAGGGAUGGUUUUGACGACUCCCCUGAUUGA